AUGGCGAAGGUUUCUAGUCCAACAUUUGAAGGUCUUAUGGCGGUUUGGGUGAUGAUAGUAGUGGUCCACUCCAUCUUAUGUUUGGACAUACUUACCUGAGCUGAUGAGGUUGAUAACUGGGCUUCAACUAAAAGGAAAGAAAAAACGAAAAAGAAGUAUAACGCGACAAGGGAGCAGCCAAAGCAGAUGUUGUGUGUUAAGGCCAAUAUUGCCGUUGAAGGAUACACUGCUGCAAUGGUUAUCUCUGAUUCCAGUUAUUGUUAUCACUGGCCAGUGGUUUUCAAGUAAGUUGUUUUGAUAAUGAAAUAUGGGCCAAUGUUACUGGGCUACUGGCAAACCCUUGGUGGCCCAAGUACCCAACCCAGUUGGUAAGAUACUAAGAUUCUUCUAAUUGGCAUGUAAAUAAAUCGCUUGCUCAUUCUAACCCUAGUUGAGUUAGUGCAGCUACACCUACAGAGAUAUUUUUUUUACCAAAGUACUCGUAAGUAGAACCAUUCCAUCAUUUGCAAUGGAGCCAAAGAUUCAAUAUUUUUUGGUUUGAGAAUAUGAUGGAAUAAAGCAAAAUGGCUCACUAAACUGUCUACGUUUCUUUCUUAUGAAGCAACAAUCAAUCCAUGCAAUUUUGGACGCGAUUUUCACUAUGAGUCAUCCGGAAACAGUCUCUAUGUGCUUUAGUACAGGGGUAAGACUGCGUACAUCCGACCCCCCCCUUACCCCACCGUAGGUGGGAGCCUUUGCGGCACUGGGGUAAAUGAAAAUGAAAUGACUCGUAAGUAGAACAGGGUUCCUUUGAUCUCUCUCUCUCUCUUGCAAUUUUGCUAGAUUUAUGGCCAUCCCAUUGAUGAGAGAUGACAGAACCAUAGUGGUUUGGUUUUGGUUAUGAUUAAAUUUUAGAACAAAAAGGAUCAUUUACCAAGCUUCUUUAAUCUUGUGAAAGAUUUAGUCCUUAAAUGGUAUUUUUUUCAUAUAUAUUAUAUAUGUAAUUAUUUAUGUUAUCUUUUUUACCUUCCAUGUUUGGUAUAUCUUUUUACCAUCUUUAUCGUAUUUAGUUGGAAAAUAGAAAGAUAAAAUAAAGUACAUGGGUAGGUAUACAUUAAUUGUUGUUGAUCAUUCUUAAUUUUGUUUAUUUAUUUUACCAAUUUUUUCUAUAUGAGCCGAUUCAAAACUGUUUACCCUAUCUUCAAAACUAUGGACCAUCCUUGAACUACCUGGGUUAAAGCUAGUAUAAUUUCAUGCUUCUACAUGAACAGUCACAAGAGAGUGUUUAAAUUCAUUGCAAACUACGACACACAUACCCAGUUACGGGAAAUGAAAUUUUCUAAAUUCUUUGAAAAUGACAUGGAUAUGGGGAGGGGGAUACCCGCUAUAUUUAUGUGAGUGUAUGUGUAUAUACAUAUUUAAAAGCUUACCUUAAUGGUUGGUCUGGUUUCAUAACUUUCCACCUUCCAUAUAAGUUAUGUAGUUGUAUCUAUCAUAUGUUGUUCACAAUAUUUUAUUAUAAGGAAUGAUGUAUAUUCAUAGAAGUAACAUAUCUUUUGUCUUUUGAGGUUGACAACAACUUUACAAGAGGACAAGUAUAACAAGUGGACAAGUUGUUAAACAAAGUAUCCGAAGAGAUGGGAAAUGUCAAAGUAGAUGGUCUACCUCACUUCUGUCAAAGUAUCUCUCUAUUUAUUACUCCCUUGGCCCCAAUUAGAUUUGCAAAAAUAUCUAUUUUGAUUGUCCCAAAAUUAUUUUCCACUUUCUACUUUAGGUAUGCAAACUCCACUAUAUAUGAGAUCAUUUUUGGUAUCAUACCUGUCCCAAGCCAGGAUAAAGGAGGAGAGUGUUGUGGUAAGUGUGUGACGGCGAACAAUAUCACCUUGUCAGAUCACAUGACAUGAAUCAGAAUAUGAUCGAUUCAUGUUAGCCGGCCCCAAAAUGUUUUGGGACAAAGGCUUGGAUGUUGUUGUUGUUACUUUAGGUAUGCAAAUAUGAUUGAACCGACAAACUUUAUGUUGUUACCUUUAUGUUUACCCUUUUUCCAUUUACUUAAAUGCCUUUACUUUAUGGGAGAUAGAGCAAGUGGUAAAGCCAAACUUUAUUCAUUGUUUUCCUUAAUUCUUGUGUUAGUCAAAUUCUCGAUCACUUUAGGUACACAGAUUGAUAAAUAGUGCGCACAUCCAAAUCACUUUAGCGAAAGCUCAUAUUCAGGCAGGAGUAUGAGCUCGUAACUUAUUCUGAAGUCUGAACACUAUAGUAAAUCAAGCGUGUGACUAAAGGGAGCUUUUUGUUUAAUCCCCUCGAAUUCCUUGAUCCAAUCGUGUGUUAGGAUGUGUGCUGUGGAAAAGUUAAACCUCAGUCAUAUAUAAAUGCUAACCUAAUCCAUUGAGUCAAGGAUUGGUUGCUGAGACAAACAACGCACUAAAGGAGUGGUGAACACUAAGCCCCAUGACUUUUGCCUAACUGUUAAAGAACAAAAUCAAAGAGAAGUGUCUCUCGAGGUGUCAUCAUCAUCAUUACCCCAGUGCGGCAAUGGCUCCCACCUACGGUGGGGUAAGGGGGGGUCGGAUGUUCGCAGUCUUACCCCUGUACUAAAGCACAAAGAGACUGUUUCUAGAUGACCCAUAGUGAAAAUUGCGUCCAAACCUGUAUGGACUGGCUGCUGCUUCAUAACAAAGAAGCGCAACCAGUUUAGUGAGCCAUUUUGCUUUAUUGCAUCAUAUUCUCAAGCCAAAAAAUAGUGUCUUUGGCUCCAUUGCAAAUGAUGGAAAUGUCUCUUGAGGCGUAAUUACGUAAAUUAUUAUGAACUGCUCACUUAGUUUUUUCAAAUCAAAGCCCAUUAGCACUAGCAUUACCUACCAACCAGUCCUACUGUUCUAAGGCGAUUAUGUUGAUGGGGUGAUGUUCUAAGGCAAUUACAUUCAUUGCUACUGACUUAAUGGCAGAAAGUUGAUCUGAGGAAAUCAAGUGUCAGAGAAGUUUUACUUUAUUUGAUGAGAUGCAUUAAAUGGAGUAACUUUGUUUGUAGCAUUAUGGGGAGAGAAAGUGCAAUAUACAUACUCAUAAUUUAGAAGCAUUUCACCCUACUCACAAUUUGCAUCUAAAGGGGCUGUAUUGAUGUAAUUAGGCCCGUAAGCUUUAGUCCUGCUACACAAACCAAACUCUUUUGAGGUUUAUUGAAUUUGUUUGUGCUUUGUGGCUGAGUUGCAAUUUACUACAGUUUUUUUACCCUCCAGAAUAUUUCCUGGUUGUAAUUUUAGCUCUGCAGAUUUUACUUGAUGAACAUUUUUUUAUGAUUUCCUAUACAUUCUUUCAACAUUAUGUUAUUAAAUUUCUGUUAAUGCUUUUCAAACAAUUUUGUUAAACACAAGCCCACUUGUCAUCUCUACAUGCUAAAAUAGAUCUUGCAGUAAUAUUUAGAUUCUUCUAAGUUUCGUUCCUGAAGACAAUAGUUUAGUUAUCUAUAUUGUCCAGUGUGCUAAGUUCUAUGGAAUGUUCAGUACACACAUAGCGUACCCAGGACACUGUGGAUGCAACUCAGACAGCCAAUCACUUGAGUUAAACUCUAUUUUUAUUGUGAAGUGUAUAAACAUGUGCUAUUCAGGUUGUUAUCUAUGGAUGACACAAUGCCCGACUCUCUGUAGCUAAAUGUAUUGUAUCUAGACGAAAGUCAAGAAAUUACUAUGUUGAAGCUCAAAUUCAUAAAAAUGACUGUGCUCAGCUGUGGAUAAAUAAGUCACUUAGAAGGUUAUUUAGGAAAAAAAAUCACCAGAAUUGUAGCAAGAAAAAGCGGUGAGGUACAUAUUGACCUAUUUGCACAAUGAGUAAUGCUGGCGGACAUUAGGUUUGUAAAAUCUAGGUAGACAUUCUUCUGUGGUGCACAUCCAUUGAAUGAUGAAAAGUUAGACAUGUGACCAUUACCUAAUGAAUGUGUGCCACAUAAUAAUAUCUCUCUUGAAUGCACAAAUUUAAUAGGCGAAAUUCAUAGGAAUAAUCCCUACUUUUAGGAAUUCUACAAUAAUAAUCCCUACUGAGAGUGUUAAUAAAAAUAAUCCGAACUAGCAAUCGUGUCUACAAUUAUAAAUUGGAGUAAAUUUAAACUAAUACCCAUUUAAUACGGUAAUGGGUUUUAAAUGGGUUUUAGUUUGAGUUCACCCGGAGAAGAAGAGCGGUGAAUGGAAAUGUGGCAGUAGGGGUUGGAAAUAUUAAAUGGGCAUUAGUUUGAGUUCACUCCAAUUUAUUCUUGUGGACACCAUUCCUAGUUCAGAUUAUUUUUAAUUUUUUAUGGACACUCUCAAUAGGGGAUUAUUAUUGUAGAACCCCUGAAAGUAUGGAUUAUUCUUAUGAAUUUCGCCAAUUUAAUAUUGGUGUGGCAAUAAAAGUUAGCCACAUAUUAAUUGGUGAACUUGGAAUGUUGUUCACAUGCUAUCUGUUUCUUUAAUAUCUGUGCAAAAAGCAAUUGAGACUUCUAAGUUUGAUUGGAGGGAGUAUAUUUCAUUUCUACUUAGGAUUUUUUUUUGGAAUUGUUAAACUGUUCCUGCUGGUUAUGAUAGACUGGGCAUUUGUCAUUGGCUUGAGAAAGAACCAUCCAUUUUUCCUUUGAUAAACUCUUUGUAGGCCAUCUUCUGGAUUUCCUUUUGUUUUGGACAUCAAGUCAGUGUGCUAUGAUCUCUUCCUCAGUUCCUCUAUAGUUUAGGAAUCGUUUGAUAAAGAAAAUUGCAAAUCAUCACACAUCUGCAACAAACGGAAAAUGUGUUAUUCCUUGGAGAAACACCCAUUUCUCCAUGAUUAAGUUAACACUUGAAAUUUCAUGUAUGUUUUGCUUGUCCAUGGCCACAAAUUAAGGUUUCUAAGGUGAUCAAAUUGGGAUCCAUUUGUUGCAUCCUUUUCAACAUCCCAAUGCAUACUCUUUUUUCUGUCAUUUGCAUUUGAAACACCAUUGCUUCUGCUUUGCUGCAUCCCAUUGUUCUGUGCAUAAACCGUUGGUAUGGUGGUGACUAGUCUGGCCUCGAACUAGCCGCAACCAUUCUAUAUAUAAGCCUCAUACUUUUUCAACAUUGUCCUCGUUACACCGCAAUUGUACUAAAAUAUAUAUUUUCUGUCAUUUGUUUUUCACAGAUUGUUCUAGUCAUGAUCUCUAACAGCUUCAUAGAUCUUUCUGGCUUCCACUUAUCCAAAACCCAAUGAUCAAAGUAUCUAAAAUUCCCCUUCUCCUCCUUAUUCUUUUUCCAAAUGAUUUAUUUUCCCACCUCUUCACCAAAUUCUCCCAUACUGUUUGACUCUGAAUAUAGAAUACCUUAAAAAAUAGAUGAUCCUAUAAUCUCCCCUAUAAGAGUAACACGGCUGGAAAGUUAGAAGAAUGAUAUUUGUAUAUCAUGUAAAGAAAAAAUUGGUGUAUUGUAGUGUAAGUGGCAACAUGGCAUCAGUUAGUGAAACAUUUUUUGUAUGUCCGUCUGAAGUUAUUGCAUACCCAGGUUAGAAAAUUUGAAGAUGCUAAGAGAUCUUAUCUUCCAGGCUUGCACAUGUUAUCCCACUAAACAAGUCAAAAUAUUGAUACAUUACAUCAGCAGCAACCAUCCCUUAAUCCCAAAUCAAUGGUGCUGGCUACAUGAACCAAUAGAAAGCAUUCAGAUACUGUCUAUGAAAUCCUUAUUUUCCAUUCUUUUUGCCACACACCAUAUGUCCAAAAUGAUAUAAUAAUGUUCAUGAGUAGUAAAGUCUUUCUUAACUCACGAAUAUAAUCUUAAACAUUAGGUAAAGUCCAUCUGAAGGUGAACUGAUUAGUGAUAGCGUGUACCAGUAGGUGAAUCCAGCUCACCCAGGCGCUUCAUUUGCAUUGAUAGUCAUAACUGAUAAGAUCUAAAAUUUACUAUAAGUUCAAUUUUUCGCUGUUUUAUAAGCCUCAUAUGUUUGAUAUGUGAUAAUUCAUUGAUUCACCCCUUUGUAUUGUGAGUUUGAUUUUGAAGUGUACCACAAUCCAAGUGGGAUUCAACUCAAUCAAGUACAUGAAGAAAGGGAAAAGGGCUUAUCAGGAAAAGCAAUUCUAAGAGGCCCUUCUGAUAUGAUGGAGGCAAAACCAAAACUUGUGCAAUUCUUUGUGUGUAAAUGAUGUACUGAGGCUGGAAGCCUCUGAUUCUGGGAAAACAGGUCUGCAAACUAUGAUACAAUUCUUCCCACCUUGUAAAAGUGAUCAGAUUGCCACAAUCUUUGUAAAAUAUCUGAAAAGGAAAGGCUGGCAGACUCGUGGUGAGCGGACAUGGCAAAAAACAAAGAGUCCAAAAAGGUGACAAAUGUCGAAGUAGAUCACUUCUAUGGAACUAUAGGGCCUGACGGUGACCAGGAAAAAAUGCGAGUCCCAAUGAAAUUGAAGAAGUACAUGAAAAAAGAGAAAAAAGGCUUAUCGGGCAAAGCAAUUCUAAGAAGCCCUUCUGGUCGGUAUCGAAUGGUCAAAGUAUCUCUAUUGGCAGAUGGCUUAUUUCUAAAGAAAGGAUGGGGUGAAUUUUACCAAGAAAAUAAUCUUUGUGAAAACGACUGCCUAUUGUUUAGACAUGACGGAGACAAAACCAUGAUAUAUGAUGUGCAGAUUUUUUGUACACAUGGAUUAAUGAAGCCUGUAGCCUCUAAUUUUGGGGAAGAAAGGGUCUGCGAGCCAUGGGAAUGUAAUGCUUGUCGACCUGUAAAAGAUGAAAUUUUGAGUUACGACGACCAGCCUGAAACGUAUACACACAGGAGGGAGACGGAUGUAUCAGAGGCAACAGAAAUACCAUUGGUAUGGCCAAUUUCUAUGGUGAUGGGGGACUCAAAUGCACGCCAAAACGAGUUCAAAGGAAAAAAGUUGGCCUGACUCUUGGUUAAUGUUUUAUUUAAGAAUUUCAGUUUUUAUAACAAAGUGACUGUCAAUUACUUAAUUUGAUUUGAAGUAUUUUGUUUUUCAGUAAAUUCAUGGGUCCAAGUAGUUAUCACAUUUGUUGGUGAUAACAAGAUUUAGUGAAGUUUUUAUCUGAAGUUAUUGUAUUUACUUUAUUAGAUUGUAACAUGAUUUUUAUUAGACAAUUGUCUUUUUUAUGUUACAGUUUUAUUUAAAAGUAGCCUUAGGGACGUUUCAAA